AAUGAGCGCCAAUGAUGGGUACAAAGACACCAAAAAAAACAUCACCAUUUCGGAAAUGCCAACGAAAUAUGCCUAAAAAGAUAAUAAUUAAUAAAUGAGCAGCGCAGUCCAUCUCCCUCUCCCACCCGCCACCUCCUCACUAUUAGUACCCGCGACGCCACCGGCCACCACCCACCUGCACCGAUCUCACUACGGCUCGGGCGCCGCUGCCGACGCUGCUUUUCGCCGAGCUGUGAAGCUACAGUGGAAGCCAUGGGCCCUGCGCCCAGGGAGCCCAUGAAGCAGCAGGUGAACCGCUGCCUGCUGCGGCUGUCGGACAGGGACACGGAGGCGAUGGCGGCCGCGGAGCUCAACGCGAUCGCGCGCGGGCUGGAGGCCGACGAGCUGCCGGGGUUCGUGGCCGCAGUCUCCGACGCGCGGCCCACCGACAGGACGCCGCUGCGGCGGCACACGCUCCGGCUUCUCGCGCUCGUGGCUGGUGAGCACCCGCGGGACGCCGUCGCGCCGCUCGUGCCCAGGCUCGUGGCCGCUGCGCUGCGGCGGGUGCGGGACCCGGACUCCUCCGUGCGCGCCGCGCUCGUCGACGCCGCGCGCGCCGCGGCGGGCGCGGCGGCGUCCCCGCCCGCGGCGCUGGGGCCGCUAGCGGACGCGCUGCUCCACGAGCAGGACCAAUGCGCGCAGCUUGCAGCUGCACUCGCCGCCGCGGCGGCCGUCCAGGCCUCGGCCCCCACCGACGACCUCGCCUCCUACCUCCGGGCCCUCCUCCCGCGCCUCCUCAAGCUCCUCCGCAGCGCCGCGUUCAAGGCCAAGCCCGCACUCAUCUCCCUCGUUGGCGCAGCCUCGGCCGCCUCCGGCGGCGGAGCCGCCUCCACCGCGGUGCCAUGCCUCCGCGACGCGCUCACCGGCGACGAUUGGGCCGCGAGGAAGGCUGCCGCCGAGGCGCUCGCCUUGUUGGCCAACGAGCACGGGGACGACCUCAUCUCCCACAAAUCCUCAUGCAUUGCCGUCUUCGAAGCCAAGAGAUUUGAUAAGGUGAAAAUUGUGCGGGAGUCCAUGAACCGGAUGAUCGAAGCGUGGAGAGAGAUCCCUGACGUGAACGAGGAAGUCUGCUCCUCGGAUGCACCGCCAGCGUCGCAGGCGAGAUCUUCCCUCACAGAGACUGCAAGCGAUCGUCGAUACCCAGCUGAUUCCCUGGGCUCCAACUCUGUCCCGUCAGUUACAAGGAGGAACUCAUGGCCGGCUAGCCGGUCGCCCCCACGCGAUGCAUCACAGAAUGCCAGCAACAGAAAGACCAGCCCUUCUUCCACCUCGAACAGGAAGAAUUCGCUUCCUUCAAACCCCAACGCAGACCAAACCAGGAACGAUGACUACAAGGUUGAUGUUACUGUCGCUCCAGAUGCGACCCCGAUCAAAAUGGUGACCGAGGAGAAGCUCCUGAAGGAGGGCAACGUUAGAGAAAGGCUUGAAGCUCGGAGGAUGCUGUUCCAAAAGACUGGUGAGAAGGGGUACAAGAAGUUGGCUGGUCUCAAGUCAGGAUCUAGAGUUGUUCCACACAAUGGGGAUGGUGACUUGGAAGAGACUGCCAAGACUGAGGAUGGACCUGAAGAGUUUCAAUCAGCUCACAGAGAUGAAGACCUGUCGAAGAUCAGGAUGCAGCUGGUUCAGAUCCAGAAUCAGCAGACCAGCUUACUUAAUCUUCUCCAGAAAUUUAUGGGGAGUUCCCAGAAUGGAAUACGUUCCUUGGAGACUAGGGUGAAUGGGCUGGAGAUGGCAUUGGAUGAAAUCUCCCGUGACUUGGCUGCCUCUUCAGGAAGAAUUCCAAACAGCGAACCUGACACGAACGCAUGCUGCAUUCUGAGCCCGAAGUUCUGGAGAAGACAUGACGGUGGUAGAUACACUUCCAGAUACUCCGUCUCCGAUAUUCCAAACUACUCUGAGGAGAGCAAAACUUCCUACAAGUGGGAGAGGCAGAAGUUUGGAGUUCAAGGCGGGUUUGUCACAAACCCCUUGGCGGAGCCAAACACUUCAUCUGUAAGGAGCACAGCGGUUACCCAGGAAGGGAGGAGACGAGACUCGGCUCAAUACAAGUGAAGGAUGGGUUAGAUGCGACGAAAGCAGUUCAUGUGAAGUGAGAACUACCUGCUUUUUAGCAAGAUGCGGAGCUUUUGAAGAUCCUUCUCCUAGUGCAUUUUCGGAGACUUUUCUUCUUUUUUCCAAGGCGAGAGCUGAGAUGAUACGAAGUACGAGGUUUUAUUCAUGAGUUGCUCAGGGUUAAGACCGCUGAUAUACAGCCUAAACUCUAAAGCAAGACCCUGGCUGCGAUCUGGAUACUCUAUCAUACAACGGGCCAUGAGAUUGCUGGUGAUGAUCUGCUGAGGGUAUAAUGCAUAUGUAGAGUUUAGCAAAGAGAAAUUGAGAAUCUACUCUUAUGUUCAGUUUCCUUCGGAGCAGUUCCUUGCAUGGAUAUGUAAUCAUCGAUGUAUCUUGCAGUGGUUGUAAAUAGCUUGGAUACAGUGAUUCCUGUGCACG